GCCGUAAUCAAGGAAGAAAAUCACAAUUAUGUCAACAUAACCUCAAAUGCACGUGCUUUAAGAUAUUGUCUCAAACGAAAAGUAGCGAUAGAUUUCACGGAUGCCAUUUCUGUGUUUCGUUUACAUACAUUUCAGAUAAAGUGAACGAGUACUCGACAGGAUGGAUCUCGUGAAUUCAAUUUUGGAAAAUGAACCACGAGAGAAGGAUCCACGUAAAACAACAUUAGUGCACAAAGAUGUGGAACUUGAGACGGAUGUAGGAUCUCUCUUGGCAUUUGAUUACAAUACAUUGAACAUAAAAGAACUGAAAUCUCAACCGGAACAACAUUUAAAGAAUUUAACUAGGGACAAUGUGCAAAUAUUGAUCAAUAAAAUCUGGGAACUUCCAACAGAACGUAUCGACGAAGCGAUAGUGGCAAAGCUACCAAAACCUGAAUACGUAUUACCUCGAUCUCGUGAAAUUCCAAAACCGAAACCUUUAACUAAAUGGCAACAGUUUGCUAAGCAGAAGGGUAUCACUUCUAAUAAGAAAAAUAAAUCUAAACUUAAGUGGGACGAUGAAUUGAAAAAAUGGAUACCCAAGUUUGGUUACAAACGUAGUAAAGCAGAGGAACAGAAGGAAUGGUUAGUAGAAGUUAACAAUGAAAAUAAGGCCAUGGAAGAUUCGUUUGCAGUCGCGAAAGCAGCAAAACAAGAAAAACGGUCUAAAAAUGAACUACAGAGGCUGCGUAAUAUCGCGAAAGCAAAAAAUAUUAAGGUUCCUCAGGUAGGUCUCCCUACCAGAGAACAUUUCCCAGAUUCACAGCAACUUUCUCAAGCUAUUACCGUUGCGCGUACAUCAACAGCAUCUGUAGGCAAAUUCCAGAACAGGCUACCGAAAGAGAAAGAUGCGAAAGGUAUCGCGAAACAAGUGCCAGGCAUGAAAAGAAAGGCCGAAUAUAUUCCGUCAAAUGUGCAAGACGAGAAAAGACGCAAUAAAGAUUUAGCGGACAACAUUCUCAAAAGUAACACUAAAAUUCUUCGCGAGGACUUUGCUGUACCAAAAGUAAAACCGGCCAAGUCGCAGAAAUCGCAAAAGUCGCAGAAAGGGAAAAAAGGAGUGAAGAGUAGGGGAAGUAAGAAACCAAAAGCAGGAAAAGGAAAUCGGGAUAUGCGCCUUAAAGUUGGAGGCAGAAAACGAAGAUAAAACUUAACCGUUCAUAUUUGUAAUUCGUCCAUGAUACCUUAAUCUAGAUAAGUUUUGAUAAUCACGAGUUAUCAAUCUCUACGAAACUUAAAUGUAUCGAGUUAGGAUUGCGGACAUUGAAAAGGAAGACAUUGUUGAAAUAAAUAAAAUCGCAA